AUGGACCUUCCUGUUGGUAAAGGACGUUCAUUUGGUGGUGAAUACGGUUGGGUAUCUCCAUUUGUAAUUGAAGUCAGAAGAGACUUGAAACUUGAACCAAAUGAUUUACCUUCCAAAAAGCCAAACAUGAUUCCAAUGCUUGUCGAAAAAGCUGCUCGUGGUAUUAUUGAAGAAGGAAAACAUAUUGGAAAAGAACGAGAAGCCGAACGAUUGGCUAAAAUGCUCGGAGAAAAGAAGAACGCAGGAAUGGAGGAAGUAUGGAAGUGUUGUGCUUAUCUUUACACAUUGGAAAGUUUCCUGUACAAAGCAUUGAAUGCAGCGAUGAGAUUAGUAGGAGAGAAAGAUCAUGAACAAGUCUGGCGAAGUAAAGUUCGGACAUUGGGUCCAUUUUGUUUAUUACUUUGGGAUGAUCCAUUUAAUACACAACUGACAACCAAAAAGACACUUUACCGAGGAGCCACUCUGACGAAAGAACAGAUCAGUGCUUAUGAAGAGAUGGGCAAAGACGACAAGGCAUUUGGGUCAUUUCAAGCGUAUACAGCGUGUAGUCGAAAUCGCGAAAAAGCGGAAGAAUUUGGAAAUACUUUAUUUAUUAUGGAAGUAUUAAUUGCUUUUAUUGCCGAUCUUAGUCCAUUGUCUGAAUAUUCUAAUGAAGAAGAAGAACUUGUUACACCAGGUGUUUGUUUCCGUGUUAAAAACGUUGAAUUUGAUCGUGAGAAGGGCAAACAUUUGAUCCAUUUGCGAUUAAGACAACGAUUUUCGCGUAAGUGA